AGUAACUAACGACACCAAACGACAAUAGAGCCGAAUUCAAAUUCAGGUACUAAAGUUUAUUCGUAAAUCGCAAGUCAUCAACCAAAAUAUAUUGUUUUGACGAUAGUUAUAAAAAUUACAAAACAAACCUUUAAUUUUUGGGUUUCCAAAGCAAAACUUCCGAAAUAUCAAGCCAAAAAUCAAAGUGAAACCGGUUUGUACCAGGUAAAAGUUAUGAACAAACAAGUUCAAAAUUUGUGUACAAUAAAUGCAUCCAAAACACAGGAGCGUUUUAAAAAAUUCAGGGAACCAAUACGCAAAAACAGUAAGAGAAGAUAGGCUUUAGUAUCAGAUAAAACUGGCACCUAUCGCACCCAUUUUCAAAGGAGGUCGACGCAGCUGGCUCGCUAGCUACCGGCUGGUAGCACAGCUCUCGAUACCGUCAAAAAUUAUGGAGUCCUUGAUAUGCGACGGUCUACGCGAAUAUUUGUUAUCCAUAAAAUUUUUUCGGCCCCAACAGCUCGGUUUCAGAAAGGGUCAUUCUCGUAUAACCAACCUACUGACCGUGGUGGACAACCAUCCUUGAUCUCAAGUGGAAGGUUGACAUCACAUACCUUGAAUUCUCAAAAGCUUUUGAUAGGGUUCAUCAUGUAUGUCUUAUCGACAAGCUCAAACGAUUACGUAUCAAAUCAUCGUUAGUUGGUUGGCUUACUUCAUACCUAAAUGAUCUACUUCCUAAAAAUCACGGUUAACCUCAAUUUUUCCCAGGCCGCAGAAUGUCAUAGUGGGGUCGCCAUGGGUUUACUGCUUGGACCUCUUAAUUUCCUAAUUUAAGUAAACGACCUUCCUCAGGAAGUAUCGUCUGAUUUCUUACUUUUCACUGAUGAAGUGAAACAUUGGAGAUAAGUUUGGAGCUAAGAUGCCAAGCUGGUAUUUCAGGUGUAUAUGAAUUGAAUUUAAAGUUGGGAGGGCAACAACGGACUGACCUUUAACACUCCAAAGUGUAAAGUAGUCCAUUUGAGACAUAUUGCAGAGUACGAAUACAACCAAGGUAACUCCCCUCUAGAGGUAUCCCUAGUUGAAAAAGAUCUAAGGGUAUUGUUACCCUAUUAUCAGAAGCCUUACACUGAAUGCAACACAAAUGCCUUUCGAGCAAACCUCGCACCGGUAUCCAUGAAGUGCGCUUUUGGCCACUUUGAUGGAAGAACUUUUUAUUUAAUCUUCAAGAGUUUUAUUCGACCCCAAUUGCAGUAUGGAAAUAUAGCGUUUCUUCUCUCACAUCGGACGGAUAAGAAUACAUGGCAUCGUGUCGAAAGGCGAGCGAUGAAAUCGAAUUUAGGCUUUAAGAAAAGCGCCUCAAAUCACUGAAAGUUUACUCAUUAGAGUAUGGGAAUCUCAAAGGUGACUUUCAAAUGACUUGUAGACUUCUAAACAAUUCCGGGUAUUCUCUUACAAACUUACUUAAGCUCAGUCUCAACACAAAGGUUUCGAGAUAACAACCAGAAACUGGAGACACAACAUAGCAGAACGAACUGUAUAAACACCUUGUUCUCCUUAAGCCUAGUCAAACUUUAGAAGUCGCUACCGGCUGAGCUAGUCUAGGUGACUUCUCAGGAUUCCUUUGAUAGGAAACUUGACAUAUUUCUCAGAAUUAAAAAGAUGUCUCUCUAUAACCCAAUCCACCUAUUUCGGGGAAAAUUUUGUCCGGUUUGGGUAAAUUUCGCGGAAAACUUUGGGAGAAUCGCACGAAAGUUUUAAGAUUUCCCCAGGUCUGAGGAAAAUCUCCGAAAUACUUGAGAAAAUCUUGAGUUUUCCCUAGCAUUUCCACAAACCUUGGGGAAAACCACCAUAUUUCUUACGACUUUGUGGAAAAUUCCAAAAUUUCCCCGAGGUUCCCAAAAAUUUACUUAAGAUGGUGAGAUUGAGAAGUUACAAAUAUUUUUUCUCUCUUUUGUCGUUAAAUAUACUUAGGCUUCUAACUGGAGGCAUUGGUGAUCUAUUGCUACUAAAUACUACUAGAUAAGCGAAAGCUUCUAUUCCGUCCAAAUCUAUUUGAAAAACUGAGGCGUAGUUACCGCUUGAUGCAAAAAUUCAAAAUAUUUGAUUACGCUGUCCAGAAUCGUCUUUAGAUUUUAGGAAUAAUUAUAGUUUGAAAUUGCUACUUAGGUCAGUCAGUCAGUCAGCAAAAACGUAGAACUUCGUACGUACGUACAUCUGUUCGAGUUGCCACACCACAUUAGCACACAGAUGUAGUGGUUGACUCAAAUCCCGUAGUUGUAGAGGUAAUAAGAGUAUAAGCAGUAAUCGGGAAAAUUAGUGUUUGGAGAUGUUAUUUAAAGAGUAUAAUACAGUGAAAUAAAUUUGGGAAGAGAAAACAAGAGACAAGGAGGAAUAAGGAGAUCAAAAUUUGGGAGGGCACAAAGAGUGGAUGCACCUGCGCCAUUGUAAACGAUUUUGAGCCAUGUCAUUCAGGGUCUCUAACCAUCGGUUGCUAUCAUCUCGCCGUCCCCAACCAGGUAGUCUACACCUACCAACAUGACCCAGUCCACUUGUCAGUGACUUCAUGGACUUGUGCCAUGUUUUGGUCUGGCCUCCCCUAGCUUUCUUCCAACCUACUCCUAUACCACUGAACAUCGCACGUCGAGGCAGUCGGUCGUUAGGCAUAUGUAACACGUGUCCCAGCCAUCUAAACUGAUGAAGUUUCACUACGUUAUCAAUUGAUUUGCUACUUAAGUAUUACUCACCAUGGUUAUAAAUUGCUUGGUACAAUUUUGAGCUGAGGUAUUUCAUCAAAAUUAAGAUGAUUUUAUAGCGGCGAGUCACAUACCAUAUUUGUCAACAAUCAUGUAUGAAUAGUACGAUCUCGUUAACCCUCUCAAUCUACCUAUUUUAAGGAAACCUUAGGGAAUUUCGGGGUUCUCCCCAAAGUCAUAAUAAGCUUGGUAGUUUUCCUGAAAGUUUGAGGGAAUUUUAGGGAAAAACUCAAAAGGUUAUAAGAUUCUGUGGAAAUCUAAAGAUUUCCUUAGACACUUUAGAGAUUUCUCCCUAACCUGGGGAAAUUUUGGGGUUUUCGUGGCAGAUUCCCCGAAAUUCACCCAACCCGGACAAAGUUUUACCAGAACUAAGGAGAUCGAGUUGGUCCAUAGAUUAUAUUACCGUCUAGCUCCUAAAGGAUAAACAAUUAUAUUGGGUCCAUUAUAACUUGUAUUAGGACGAUCAAUAAAUGGACUAGAAUGAAGUUAACCUGAGUUUUAAUACCAUGAAAUAACGUAAAAGUUUAUUGGACUAGUUUAAUCUGAGUUGGGCUGUAUUGGGGUAUAGUGAACUGAAGUUGUUCCUGUGUACCACCAAUUAUAAUUGUUCAGGGAAAGUAAUGCAGUUAGUUAGACAGGAAGUGAUAAGUAGGAAGGUAUAUAGAUUAGAAUUCGUGAUCAAUCAUUUUACCAUGCCGGAGAAAAUCACUAUAAUUGAAUUUUUACUUUUGAUAGUCACAUGAAUAGACUGGACUUAUGUAGCCUAAAAUAGUAUAUUAAUGUGUGAUCUUAUCAUGUAAAGAUCAACAACCAAAUCUUCCCUUUGCUAAACUGUCUUCUCAUUAGUAAUUCCUGUUUUCCCAGAUGUAUACGAUAAUAUAUAUGAAAUGGCGCUGUCCUAUCUCAUUUGAUGAAACUAGUUAUAUGACAAAUUGAGUUGUAAAUUAAAACAUAUUAGAUGGAUAUAUAUGGGUACUUGAAUCUGAUAAUGGUGAUGUAAAAAAUUCAUCAUCAUCACAAUCACCAAAUAUCACUCAUUUAUUAAAUGGAUUAAAUCUAUGUACGUCAUGAAGGGAAGGUUUCGUAUUUUUAAUUGUCAUUUUGAUACAUACCAGAUCUUCUUUACCAUAGGUUACUCUGUUCUAAACAAACCAUCAUUAAGAUUAUCAAAUAUUAUCCAGAGCAUGACGUAUUGGUAGUUAAGACAGACAUGCCAUUCUGGGAUCAUAAUCUCUGUAUUAGCUUCUUGACAUUUAACAUAAUCGGAAUUUGAUCUAUGAGUAUCUUUUACUUCGAUAAUUGUCGUUUUUGAAUACUCGUGCUUACUACGCUAAUUAGAAUAAAUGGUGUUAUUGACUGUUAUAUAUGUUAUGAGAAAUUAUGAGUCUGUCCAAAACUUACUCCAGUAGCUAUAAAAAAACCAACACACUGUGAACAUUUCAUACACAUAGUUCCUUUUAUUAUCUUAAAGAGAACAAGAACAAAGAUUGGUGCAGAAUAAUAUGAAUUCAUUUUAUUUCGUUAAGUUCUCAUCAGCUGCUUACAACCUAAAUUAUUUGAAGUUCAACAUUAUUACAUAUAUUGACAUAUUUAUACAUAAAAGUGUGAUUAAGGAAGAAUACAUGUGUAUCAUGAUGUAGCAAAGAUUCAGAUAGAGUUAAUGAGCUCAUAAAAUGUUUGAUUCGAAUAAAUAAAUCAAGUUAGAGAGGGAAAGUUCCAGAACACUGAGAUAGUGAUUAGAACUCAUGAAAAUAGAUUAAUGAUAAUAAAGAAAAUAUGAAUUGAAAUCAAUCAGUUAUGUAUGAUGUAAUUUAAAAGAGUUGGAGUAAUGACGCAAUAAAUAACCUUACAAACAUCAAUCCCUGAAUAACAGCACUAUAAAUGCAUGUAAUGUCCCAGAGAUUUAAUCGCUCAAAGACCUCUUGUUUACUAUGCUUGUUUAAGCUUACUAGUUAAGAUUUUUCAUGCAUCUAAUAGUGCUUUAGAGGAAGAAUUAUUUGUCAUUUACUAUCAUUGCUAAGAAAAUGAAAAAAAACUUUAUUUUAAAACAGAAAUAUGCUGUCCCGAAUCACUGUUGAACUUAGAUGUCAUUAUGUGUGAGUGUGGUACAAGAAUACAUGUAGACUGAAGCUUUUUCAGUUUCUGAUUGCCGUGAAACUACUUAAUACAUCAUUUAUAACUUUAUACGGAGUUUAAACAGACAAAGAACUUUUCCAGUUUACGAGAGUUACAAUAAAACUGAAAAUUAACGGCCUCUCACUAUUUGAUGGUGAUAAUACCCUGAAUGCAUCAGACAGAGAUUAUUAAGGUAUGAUUUUGGGAUAUUGUGUCAUGUAUUGAGUGAGAGUAGUACUAGUGUGCUUGGCUGAUUGACAUAAGUUGUGACUUAAACUUGUUUUGUGAAAAGUAUUUAUUGGACCUUUUUAUUAAGUCUCAUCCCAUUUUUCUUGAAGCUAAUCAACAAAUUUAUUAUACUUCAGUAUUGUUUCGAAACUCCCACAAAUUCCUUCAAAUCAUUCAUACAUUUUCGCAGAUCACUUAGAAUGGUUUGAACGUUACUGAUUAGUUUUAGAAGUUGUACGAAAAAUCAAAAGCUUAAGGAUUGUUUUGCUUUGACAAUAUUUAUCAGAAUACGCAAAAAAGCUUUGUUACAAAAUUUGUGUUAAUGAUUUACCAUCCUCUUGUAAACCUUUACGCAAAUUUUGAGAUAACAAGGGUAUAAAGUCAGGUUCUCAAACAGUUUCAAGUCACCUUAUAUUUUGAAUGCGCAGUAUAAUUAAUAGGGCUUAUGAAACGGAACAGUGAGUUCAUAUCCUGCCUUUCUUCUCUAGUUUAUAUUAAUGAAAAGGCUGUUAGCUUUUACUCGGAAUUUAUUAGUGAUCUCUGGCAAAUAGUAUAAGUUCCAACCACCAUUUUAUAUCACAACAAAACCCAGAAACUUUUCAGAUGAUCCUUUUUAAACCAGACUUUGAUAGAAACAGCUACAAAGCCUUCAUAGAGAGCUCUGGAUAAAUCAUGUAAGUUUACGUCUGGUUUUAGGGAGUGUUUUAUCUAUUUAGUGGGACUACCUGGGCUUUUUAAUUGGGGCUAAAGUUAGUUUACGACAUUUUAAGAACUAGAACUUUAGUUGGUUGGUAGCACUGAAAAAUGACGAAACUAACUACUAAUUUCUAAAAUAUAAGGGGUCACUCAGUCACAUUAUGAAAUGCACCGUAUACAAAAAGAGGUACCGUAAAUAAAUUCACGGUUUUUAUGGUUUUUAUUCUCCACAGAAUUCAACAUGUCUGACAGUAGCAAUAAUAAGAUUCCUAACUAUGUACAUCAGGCUGUUAUUAUGAGCGAAACUAUUAAAAAAGAGUUGAGACAUCAAAAAAUAUUCACAGAAUACAGUAUCAAUCCUUUUAAGAAAACUGAUAAACCAAAUAGAAUACAAGAAGCUGAUGCUGAAGACAAACACUUUGCGAACGUUAUACAACGCGCUUCUUUGGAACCACCCAAAAAAUAUAUCGAACCUCAAACAGAAAAUCAGGAAUAUGGUUGGAUAAGUCAGCCACUAAUGGAAAUAGACAGGAGUGAUCCAAGGUUUUAUCAUCCUAAAGUUGCUUGUGAAAUGACGAAAUUUAUGGAUGCGUAUUGGAAACUAAAUGAACAGCGUAAAUUAAAUUCGUGA